GUCGCCAACCUAAAAAACAUGGCGGCUCCCAGGAACGCAGCCGUGGUUCUGAAGGCUGUGAAGAAAAUAAUGAUUCAGUUUUGUCCGUUCGAAUACAAUGCCCGGUCCACCCGGGAAUUCCUGUCCAAGGUAGCCUCAGAGAAGGUCCGAGCUACCAACAUGAACUGUGAGGUGAUGUCCGUGGUGAAACAUGACAAGUCUGAGCCUGUUGUGGACAUAACUUAUGUAGAUGGAGAGAGGCUGGUGAUGAAGGGAGCAAAUUUGACCAGCAGUGAGAUGCUGAGUGCUUUUCAGUCCCGCUGUGCUGCCAAGGACCCACAGACAAAAGCCGAAGCAAAAAAAUGACCCUGUGCUUGUCAAAAAUCCAAAUUUAUUUGUAUUUAUCUUUGUAUAUUCUUGGACAUGUAUAAUAAAAUAGAUAUCACUGAA